AUGGAUUUAACGGUGGAUGAAUUCAUUGACGGCUUGCUUACAGAAAAGGCAAGCGACCAGCCCUCAGAUUCAAAAAAACCUGAAGAUCUACAAAUGGAAUUACCUGAAUGGUACAGUGAGAUCAAGUUCAACCAAGCACGUCGCUUCUACUGGGACAACAGUUUUGGAUUGACAGGUUCAAUGUUGCUGGGUUUGAUAGCGGUGUUCGCAGUGCCUUCGAUAUUAAGGGUGCUGGUGAGCUCGAGGCGUUCCAGCUCAGUGUACACAGCCUACAAGAGAUACCUGUCAACGCUACUGCACACUGUAUCUUGGUUCGAGAAUGAACUAAAGCCUGGCAGUAUAUCGUGGCGAUCCUUACACGCAGUUCGUAUUCGUCACGUACGCGCGGGCCUCGCUUCUAAAAUGAAAGGCAUUGGAACCGUGUCACAAAGAGACCUGGCGUUGACACAGUUCGGCUUCAUCGGCUUCUCACUACUCAAGCCUGACAAAUUCGGUGUCAGGCAAAUGCAAGAGGGCGACUGGGAAGCGUACAAUCACUUCUGGAGAGUCAUCGGUCACAUGAUAGGGUUAGAGGACAGAUAUAACAUAUGUAGAAAGAACGUCGACGAAACACAUCAAGUUUGCAAGAUACUGCUCGAUCGGGUAUUCACGCCUUGUUUGGAUAACGUCCCAGAGUAUUUCGAGCACAUGGCCCGGGUGAUGCUAGACGGCAUGUGGUCAGUGAACCCAACGGUCAAUACCACCGCCUUUCUCUACUGGACCAGAUAUUUGGCUGACGUACCGGGCUAUAUAUACACAGAAGCCGAAAGAGUAGAGUUUCAGAGGAAGCUGCGCGAACAGUUGAAAGGCAAAUCUGAUGAUAUAGGUGUGGAUUCAUCAACUCUAACAUUAAAACCAGCGUUGGAAGGACUACCGUCGCGGCCGCCCCGUAUUCUAUACUUACGAGACUACGACACUAUAGAGUCCAUCCCGGAAUAUAAAAAACUGUCUUUUGCGGCAAAAUACAAACUAGCCGUGAACAACCUUUUAGCGGCGUUUUAUUCAACAUAUAUAGGCAAACUGUACUUAAAUCUAAAUUUCCUUUUCAGUUUAUUACUCAUGAAAUAUUUCCCAUACAUAGCAUUCUUCAGAUUUGGUAUCAAGUCAUCUCUAGUCAAUAUAUUUGUUGAAGAUCCUAUCGAUGACACCGAACCUAAACCAAAUUCGGAGUAUAACCUACCAGAACCACCAAAGCCGUGGUACAAAAAUGUGCUAUCCGUAUUUUUUUGGUGA